GGGUUUUUCUUCUUCCAUCAGUCCGCUCCAGCCACUCUAUCUCUCUCGUUUCUGUUCUAGCGCAUCACUCUCGCCGCCGUCCCUGUCGACGCCGCGGCCGCCGGUUCAAGCAGUGGUUGGAGUUCGGGUAAGAAAGUUUGGUAUUAUUCCUUAGUUUAGUGCGAAAUUUGGGGGAGAUAUACCAAACAUCUUGCAUUCCUCAUGUUUAGUUCAAUCUUUAACGGAGAAAUAUGGGAAGAGGGAUCCUACAACCUUGUUCGAGAAAAAGGAAGGAUAGAGAUGAUGUUGAAGAGGAACAUGCAGAUGUUGGUAUUCCAAUGGCUCUUUCAAAUAUGCACAUGAAAUCUAGAGUGAUUUUCGUACUUGAGAAGGCAUCUUUGACACUUGCCUUGGUUGGAAAGCUCAAUUGUUGCAAAAGCUUAGUACUAAGGCUAAAGGCAAACGUAGUCCAGGUCUUUCUUCAAGUUCCAAAAAGGUGGUUGAACCACGAGACUACCUCAAAACGACGUCAAUCUAGUAUUUGUGUUUUUGGAUACCGCCUCAGUGCUCGAGUUUGUCUACGCAUGAUAUACGAGAGCUUGGCUAAGAAAUAUGGAAUUUGGUGAACCAACCACAUCCUAUACUUGUACAGCCCACCAAAUUUUGUAGCAUCACUAUUAUACUCAAAAGCAUGCCUUUCUUGUUUAUUUAUUUAUUUUGGAAUUAUAUAUCCAUUUUUUUUAGGGGAAGUGCUAUAUCUAAUAGCUGUAAUAGAUAAUGUAUAGAGAGAUCUCUAGGUUGGGUAGUUUUUAACAAAAAAAUGUACUGAAUAGCCACAUUUGAGAUUGCAAUUCAAAAUACUGAGAAGUAUCUAACAUUUUGUC